GAGUUGAUUCAUAUCAAUUAAAACAAUCGUGCACUUGCUGCUGGACUAACUAGACGCUAAUUAAAGUUUAAGCGGGAUUUUUUUGACGGACUUUAAAUUUAACGUAUUUUAUGUAAAAUAAAAAUUCCAAGAAACGUUUAAAUCUUUUAAUUAAAGCAAAAUUAUAAAAUAAUAAUGUUUUAAACAUUAAUUUGCAUUUCAUGCAUUUUAAACUAUUAAAUUUAAAUAAUCAUUAAAUUAACAGUCGUCUGCUUAGUGUGACUUAGCUGAAUUCAAGAAAUAUAUAUUUUAAGUGAAAACAAAACUCAAAAUUAAAUUUUUGCAAAAAAAGAAACAAAUAAUAAAUAAACAAAAUUUAAUAUUAAUCGUUAAAAAACAGGAACAAAAUAAUAAUACAUCCUACCAAGACUAUUGCUCCACAAAAAUACUAAUACUGAUAAAGUGUUGUUGUUUCAAACAAGUGUUUCAAGAUUUCUAGUUCAAUAUUUGCUGGAUAUUUUUAAUAUUUUUAUAAACGUUCAUUUAGUGCGUUUCUUGUUGUUGCCGCUGCUGCCGUUGUUUUAAAAGUAGCUGUUCCAACUUUUGGAAAAAAUACAAAAUGAAGACUGCCACUUUGGAUAAAAUUUGCUGCUUUUUAGCAGAACUUAUCGGCACUGGCCUAUUGGUGUUCUUGGGUUGCAUGGGUUGCGUUAAAACCGAUGUUUUCGCCAACAAUCACUUGCAAAUGUGUUUGAACUUUGGUCUCGUCAUUUUGGUCGUUAUCCAGUGUUUCGGUUGUGUUUCGGGUUCUCAUUUAAAUCCUGCCGUUACAAUUGCUGCCUUCAUCUAUGAAAUGGUCUCAGCACCCAUGGCUAUUGUCUAUAUGUGCGGUCAAAUGUUGGGCGGUUUCAUUGGUUAUGGCCUUUUGAAGGUGGUAUUGCCCGAAUCGACUAUUAAGAUGCCAGAAGCUGCUCACAAUUUGUGUGUGACUGUGCCCCAUCCCGAUAUUACUCCCAUGCAAGGUUUUGCCAUUGAAUUCAUUAUCACCGCCAUUUUGAUUUUGGUAUGCUGUGGUGUCUGGGAUCCUCGUAAUGCUAAAUUCCAUGAUUCCGUACCAAUUCGUUUUGGUUUGGCUAUUGCCUGUUUGGCCAUCACUGCUGGUCCCUUCACUGGUGCCAGUAUGAAUCCUGCUCGUUCUUUCGCCCCCGCUUUGUGGAACUAUGAUUUCGAACACCACUGGGUUUACUGGUUGGGUCCCAUGUUGGGCGGUGCCGUUGCUGCUUAUGGCUACAAAGUUGUCUUCAGACGUGAAGUUAAUGAAGAAGCUGUCCAUCAUAAAUUGCGCGCCAUGGAAGAUGUUCCUUUGUCUUAAAUCAUUAUUUAAGAAUUUCUUUAUAUUUUCAAUCAAACUACCUGGUGGGUUUAUUAUUUAGCCGCCAGUGUUGCCAUAUUAUUCAAUUUAUUUAGGCUGAAUUGAAUAUUUUUCAUCAGUUCUUUUUUCUUAAAAAAGAUAUUCAAACCUUAAAGUUUGUUUAGUUAUUAAACAAAAACAUUAGCAAAAGCCCCCUCCCCCCACACAAACAUUUAGUUUAAGCUGUCAUCUGUGCAAUUAUGUUCUCUUUUUUAGUUCUGUUACUCUCUUUUAUUUUUCUCAAAUGUUAAAUUUUAAUUAAAUUAUUUUGUAUAAAUAUUUCGUUAAUGUUUAUGACAAAAAAA